CUGAACGCGGAGCUGCGGCUGCUGUGAUGUGGAGCGGCUGCCGGCGUCUCGGGGCGCGCCUCGGCUGCCUGCCCGGCGGUCUCCGGGCCCUCUUCCAGACCGGCCACCGGAGCUUGAGCUCCUGCAUCGACCCUUCCGUGGGACUUAAUGAAGAGCAGAAAGAAUUUCAGAAAGUGGCCUUUGACUUUGCUGCCCGAGAGAUGGCUCCAAAUAUGGCAGAGUGGGACCAGAAGGAGCUGUUCCCAGUGGAUGUGAUGCGGAAGGCAGCCCAGCUAGGCUUCGGAGGGGUCUACGUACAAACAGAUGUGGGUGGGUCUGGGCUGUCACGUCUUGAUACCUCUGUCAUUUUUGAAGCCUUGGCUACAGGCUGCACCAGCACCACAGCCUAUAUAAGCAUCCACAACAUGUGUGCCUGGAUGAUUGAUAGCUUCGGAAAUGAGGAACAGAGGCACAAAUUUUGCCCACCACUCUGUACCAUGGAGAAGUUUGCUUCCUACUGCCUCACUGAACCAGGAAGUGGGAGUGAUGCUGCCUCUCUUCUGACCUCCGCUAAGAAACAGGGAGACCAUUACAUCCUCAGUGGCUCCAAGGCCUUCAUCAGUGGUGCUGGUGAGUCAGACAUCUAUGUGGUCAUGUGCCGAACAGGAGGACCAGGCCCCAAGGGCAUCUCAUGCAUAGUUGUUGAGAAGGGGACCCCUGGCCUCAGCUUUGGCAAGAAGGAGAAAAAGGUGGGGUGGAACUCCCAGCCAACACGAGCUGUGAUCUUCGAAGACUGUGCCGUCCCUGUGGCCAACAGAAUUGGGAGCGAGGGGCAGGGCUUCCUCAUUGCCGUGAAAGGACUGAACGGAGGGAGGAUCAAUAUUGCUUCCUGCUCCCUGGGGGCUGCCCACGCCUCUGUCAUCCUCACCCGAGACCACCUCAAUGUCCGGAAGCAGUUUGGAGAGCCUCUGGCCAGUAACCAGUACUUGCAAUUCAAACUGGCUGAUAUGGCAACAAGGCUGGUGGCCGCGCGGCUGAUGAUCCGCAAUGCAGCAGUGGCUCUGCAGGAAGAGAGGAAAGAUGCAGUGGCCUUGUGCUCCAUGGCCAAGCUCUUUGCUACAGAUGAAUGCUUUGCUAUCUGCAACCAGGCCUUACAGAUGCACGGGGGCUACGGCUACCUGAAGGAUUACGCUGUUCAGCAGUACGUGCGGGACUCCAGGGUCCACCAGAUUCUAGAAGGUAAAAAUUGCCAGAGGUUAAUCUCUUCCCUUCAGAACGGGGGUAGGAUCGCUGCUUUCCCCACUGUGUCUGUCCCCAUGCCUCCUGGGCCUCAGGGUCCAGUCAAGCCCUGUCUGUCUCGAGGCUUCCUCCUCCCUCCCUCUGUGCAGAGCUGUUCUGGCAGGGGCUUGGUGCACAAAAACAGCUCCAGCCUGGAGUCCAGAGCCUCAGCUUCGUCACCGUGGGUGGGCAUCAGAUCGCUCUGCUACUGCCCUUUUCCUCUGUAGAUUUGCGAGAAGGGUGAACUGAGAUCAUGGAUGAGAAAGCAUGUUGAAACUACAGCCGGGGCUUUUCUCUAAGGUUAUAGAGUACGUGGUUCUCAGGGAUCCAAGAACAGUGAUGUACAAGGCAGAUGUGAGCCAGUAUGGUUAUCAGUAGCUCUAUAUUGAUUAUCAGCCAGAUGGCCUAAAAGAUACCUGAUUCAAUAUUGCUAGUGUAUUUUUCAAUAAAAUAAACCAUCAGUAUAUGAGUAUCUUCUUGGUAGUCACAGACAUUCUGUCUAGGAAACAUGGAAGCCGUUGGGGUUGGGCUCGGAGCCUGGCUGUCUCCACUCUCUACAGCCAGUGUGGAAGUCUUGAAAUGACACGACUCUUGGAAAAGCAGGAGGGGCAGAGGCUUCUUUGAGUGACUUCAGUGAAGCAACGUGAGGCUGCCUUGCUGGAAACAUCAUAUGAUGGGGCUUCCCUGCCCCUUUCACAGCACCCUUCUCAAACCUCAGCCUGUGCUGGAAUCGCCUGGAGGGCAUGGGAACACAGAUUGCGGGCCUCAACCCCAGAGCUUCUGCUCCAGAGGGUCUAGUGUGGGCCUGGGAAUUUGUAUCUGCAACAAGUCUUCAAGUGAGGCUGCCACAGCUUGUCUGAGAACCACACUUUGAGACCCACCACUCUGGUGUUAGUGUCAGAGUCACAGGCUACCACAGGUUAGACUACUGCUUUCUUCUGCAAACCUCAUUCCAGAAAGAUGUUUAUGGGCUCAGUCGCCAGUGUUCAAACUGAAUUCCCCAGAGUCGUUUUCCUUCCAUUACUCUUGGAAUUGCUUUCUCACUGAGCUUUCUGUGCGCAGGAAACUUCGCCUUCAUUCUGACUCUGUCUCCACCCUGCAGUAAUAAGCGGGAAAACAUUUAUUUUAGGCCACACCGUCACCCACUUACAGAAGAAUCGGGGCACUCAUCACUGUAUCACUUUGUUUCAUCGUGGACUUUACUUUUGGAUAAAUCUACAGUUUAUGCUUUAUUUGAGACGAUAUGACUACUGAUUCCUCGAGGGGGUUUAUAUUUCUUUUUGCAUUAAAGGCCACUGCUAAAAAUGAAGCAAAUAAUUGAUACCCUCCUUUCAGGGAAAAUGUUCUCAUUCUUUUAUAAAUCAGUUUUCUGAUUACCAAAGAAA